UGUGUGUCACUCGCGCGUGGCCGCAACGCAGUGGGGCGGUAAACGAGGAGAAACGAUGGCUUUGUGUGCCGCGUGAAUGCGCGAGCGAGAUCCGCAGUGUCCCGUUGCAGUCUGGUCCCAGUGUCGUUCUCUGUUCUCUCUCGCGUUAUCGGUGUGUUGGUAACCAGAGCGCGUACGCGCGGGCGCACGCGGUGGAGAGAGAGAGGGAGAGAUUGAACGAGAAGAAAAGAGAAGGAUGGUGUGCGUAUGUACGUGAGGGCCGUCGCAACUUCUCGCGCUCAAGUCUACUCGGCGCUGUCGAGGCCAAAAAUAGACGAAUGGACGACGAGCGCGCCGUCAUCGUCGUCGUCGUCGUCGGUGGUAGUGAUGGUGGUGGCGAUGGUUCCUCGCGUGCGUUUCUCGGUGAUGCCCUCGUACCUUUGAGAGCAGCAUAGAUCCGAGUUGCCAUCGUCUCCGGAGAAGGAGAGAGAGAGAGAGAGAGAGAGAGAGAGAGAGAGAGAGAUGGAGGUACUCAAGACAUCCCAGGAAAUCGUCCACGAAGGAUUGCUCAUCAAAUCGCCGCCCACGAAGCUCUGGAGAGCGCGUUGGAGAAAGCGGUGGUUUGCCCUUCGUCACAGCGGCGAAUUGCCUGGGCAAUACUUUUUGGAGUAUUAUACAGAUAGACGUUGUCGUAAACUCAAAGGCCGUAUUGAUUUGGAUCAAUGUGAACAGGUGGAUGCGGGUCUUCGAUUUGAAAAUCGUAAAGAGAAAUACCAGUAUAUGUUCAAUGUUAAGACACCUAAACGGACCUAUUAUUUAGUAGCUGAGAACGAAGCAGAUAUGAACAAAUGGGUGGAUGCGAUAUGUCAAGUUUGUGGUCUAAAAGCUUACACUCAGGACGAGGAACAACAAAUGUUUCAAUACGAGUCUCAAGAAUCCCCGCCAACUUCGCCCACCAGCACGAUCUCCGGUCCGUACAUUCCUAUUAGCGAGUGCAUUUCCGGUCGUCGGCUCAACGAUACUAGCUCCCUGAAUUCGGCGCUCGGGCAAGGACCGGAGCAUUAUGAUGCUCCGAGGAGAUUAGCGCCUUCGCCACCUCGAUCACCCACGACGACGGACGCCGAGAGCGUCUUCACCGAUGACGAAUGGACAACGCCUGUACCCGGUGCAAACUGGGACACCCUUCCCUCAACUGGUGAUUCGCGGCAUCACGAGAUCGGUUCAUGGAGUGUAAGGAAACGCUUCGGCAAGCUUAGAAUUGUUGAUUCUGCAGUACCACCGGCUGCGGAGAAGUUACCAGUCCCGCCUAGACCGCCAAAACCGCCUCACAUGUUACCCGAGAACCCAGGUCAUAAUUAUCUGAAUCUAGAUGGUGCCACUGAGAGUUCAAAACCGACUACUCCGGCGACGCCGGCAUCAACAACCUCUGCUGCCACGACGACGGCGACAGUAGGCGCUGUGACUGACGAGUCCUAUGAUUUUCCGAGAUCUCAUCAACCGCAAACGACGGUCGAGAAUAAUGCGGCGGUCGACCAAUCAUCGAAACAUCUUUACUCGAACGCUGCGCCGAGCACCGUCAACGAUGAAACGACCACACACAAUGUGUUUCGCUACGAUUUUCACGAAGACGAGCCGCCGAGUCCACGGUCUGAAAGCUCCACCGCGGCUACGUACUCGAAUCUACCGAGUCCUCUUGUACGAGACUCAAGCGCCGUACCGAUCGCCAUGGCGCCGCCUCCGCCAAUGGUCUACAGAGAGUUAAAGCCGGGCAGAAAGACCAGUGAUUCAAUGUCUGUUGUCAGUAACGAGCCAUCACCGGGCCCGAUAGUAGCGGUAUGCGAUGUGAGUUCUGCUGAACACUCGCCGGCCGAACCGCCAAGCAUCAACAGAAAACUAAAACCAUCCUUGAGUAAAUCACCGGUAGAAGCACCCCAUUUGCAAUUAGCAUCUCCUCCUGGCAGAGGAAGAAUGCGGGCGGCACCUAGUCCGACACCUCCAUCGCAUAUGCACUCGACACGUCAUCAGUCUACGUCGGACGAAGACAAUAAUGCGUUUGAGGAUAAAGAGGAGAUAUACUAUUAUCAAGAUCACAAUACAUUUAUUCCGGCGUCCAAUCGUCGCUUAGUAGUGUUGCAAUAUCUGGAUCUCGACUUGGAGGCGACGGAAAGCUUCAGUUCUUCGACAUUACCGCCCGCGCAGUCGCCGCCGAAUACGACGGUGUACAAAACCGUGGAUUUUCUGAAAACCGAGGCUUUUAAUCGCACUCGGCAACGAGUAGAGGAGGAGAGAAAGUUGUGCUCGGACGAAUUAGCAUAGAGAAUAAAUUUGUAUAUUAUAUAUAAAUAGAUUACACAGAUGUUAAAUACAUCAAGAAGUUACAUAAUAAACUUUUUACUAUAUUAUAUAGAUGAAAGCACAGGUCACGCGAGACCUAUCUUAUUUUAAGCAUUAGAAUUAGCACAUUAGAAUACAGUACUAUGCGAACAUGUGGUACUAUUCUCAAUUGAAAGACUGCGAUAUCAACGCAGUACUUAGGGUGCGAAUCCAUGCAGCGGAUUAGCGUAACGCGGAACGAAAAGGGAACCAAUCGCGAGCAUUCUGCAGUUUUUGUUACGCCCGCGAUUGGUUCCCUUCUCGUUCCGCGUUACGCUAAUCCGCUGCAUGGGUUCGCACCCUUACCAAAAGACAGUGUCUACUGUUUUUGCAGUAUAUCGUUUUAUCGUUUAUCUAGCGGCGAUUUGCUUUAAAAAUUGCUAUGCUGUCAAAAGAGGCAAUCGAAUGUUAAAACACGUUGUAUAGCAAUAGAAAAUGGACCAAAAAUGUAAUGUUGUAGAUAAGGAAGAGAGAACAGCAGAAUGAUGAGCAGAAGUCACACUUUUUCGUCGAUCGUUGCAUCGGAGAAAAAGUCUUUUCGAAAAAAGAAUUUUUUUAUUAAAUAAGUAAAGUAUUCAAAUGCUAAAGAUUUUUAUACUUUGGUACAUUUAUGAUUCUACAUAAUUUACAGAUGUUAAUUUACAGAUAUGGUUAACGUGUGCACGGUAUUUUUAUUAUCAUAGUAUGUAUUUUGAAUUUUCAAAUAAUUAAACAGUCUGAAAGUUUAAAAAAUGAAUCUUAAAUUAUUCGGCUUGAACUUCAAGAACGAAAAAAAUUUUCAGUUUUCGAGAUUUUCGUCAAUCAUCAUAUGUACAACGAAUAACAAAGCCUGUAGUAUUGCUUGUUUCAAGAUAUUCUAUUUUUAGCUUUAGAUAAAUUGUUAUAUAAUAUUUUUUUAUCAUAUCGUGCAUUGCAAUCUAUUUCACGAAGAUGAUUAAAUUUUUACAAAAUGUGUAUUACAGGAAUAGUCACUUACUGCAUUAACAGAGUUACAAAACAAAAUAUCGAAUUAUAUAAUACACGUUACAUAGAGAUUCUCUCUUUUAUCAAAAACUAGUCUAAUGUAAUGAGACUAUAGAAAUUAUUGCAUGCCUUGAUUAUAUACAAUCUUAUAAAAAUUGUUGAAAUAAGAGUGACCUUGAAUGUAUAUUGCCAUUUUAUAAGUUACAUUUUAAUUAUUAAUAUCGCGAAACACUUAUAAUUGAAUUUUAAUUAUUAUUUGACACUACAAUAUAUUUAUUGCAUUUGUAUUAUCCGAUAAUAGGAAUAUAAUUGCCGUCGAAAAAACGGGAUAUGAGAAAAUAUACGUUUUAUAUUUAAUAUCUAAUCAUUUUUAUCUGUAAAUUGUAUAUGCUACAGAUAUAUAUAUGUACAUAUAUAUGCGAACACGUGAAUGUGCAGAUAGCGCAAUUUUAUUUUUUUAAUUGAUAAUAUUGUGUAAUCUUAAAAAAUUGGUUAUAUUAAAUCAGUUGGAACGACAGAGUUAUACAAUCGUGCUCUUGAAAAAAUAUGUCUAGAACUACGAUUAUUAUAGCUAUGUUAAUAUUUCAGAUUGAAUUUGUAUGUAGCAACAUACAUUAUGCAAAAUACAAAAUGCAUGAAAUAUAUGAGAUUCAGGGCAUUCACAGAAAUGUAUAUCAACAAUAGUUGCUACAGAUUCUCACUUUUACAUCCUUUUUAUGUUAAACACAUGCUCUCAUCGAACUUAUAAUAGAAAAAGUUGAUAUGUUUUUAAAAAUAUUUCAAAGAUGUUUGGUCUCUUUGUAUGAUUUAUAUGGUAUUCUUUAAAUGUCUCGCUCAAGCGUUACCGUAAUUAUAUUUUAUAUGUCGGCGUUGUGUAAUAUGUAUAUUUUUUCUUAUAAAAAAAGGAUAUGUUACACGCGAUCAAUGCAAUAUUUCAAGAACAAAUAUCCUAUAACAUUUCAUAUCGACCAAAUACUUGUGUGUGUCACUCCGUGGUACGAAUUGUAUCCCUCUACCAAUAUUUUGUACAGUAGAUUUAAAUAAUCGCUUUAUUCUUUCCUCUUGUGCAAUCACAUCACGUGUAUGCACAUGUCGCAUAUCAUUAAAGAGAGGUACAAACAAAAU